CGCAGCAGAGCUCAGCUCCUCCGUGCUGCUGAGCGUUCAUUCACCUCUGAAGCUGGAGGACUCGGCUCAGCAUCUGCUGUCGGCUCUCCUCCUCGUUAUAUCCACACACACACACAAACACACAUAGUAGUGCUGCAUGGACUCCAGUCGCUCCCUUUAACACCCAGGCUUCAUUUCCAGGCUGCAGAGGAGCAUUUUUAUCAGAGGAAGAUGGAAAAAUCCUCCACGCAGUACGGCUCUCUGGAGAAGACGCAUGUGGACGCAGAGACUGAGAAAUCGACAGAGGAUGUCGUUUCGAUGGCCGACUCCACAAUUACGAUCGAGGACAUUGAAGGAGAGCUGUGCAAAAUUGAGCGGAUACGAGACAUCCUCGUACGGAGAGAAUCAGAGCUGAGAUACAUGAUGGACGACAUCCAGCUCUGCAAAGAAAUCACAAGGCUGAAGACGGAGCUGCAGAAACUUGUCUCGCUUCCAGACAAGGACAAGUCCAAGGAGGACAAGGAGAGGGAGGAAGAGCUGCUGCAGCAGAUCAACAAGCUCGUGGAGACCAGAGACUUCCUCGUGGACGACGUGGAGUUUGAAAGGCUGAGGGAAAGAGAGGAAGACAGAGAAAUGGCGGCCUUCUUACAGUCCAAAUUUCCCAAGACACUGGCUGCAAAAGGUGUGAAUCAAAAGGUGGCGUCCAAAUCUCAGCAGACGUCUGCACCGUUUAUCACCAAGACUGGACUCACACUACUGAAGGACUGCUGUGGAUUCACCUGCUCCAUCAUGUAACAGAAGAUAUAUAUGUGUGUGUGUGUGUGUGUGUGUGUGUGUGUGUGUGUGUGUGUGUGCACAUGCGAGCCUCAGCAGUGCUUUCAUGUCUUAUGUCACGUCUUUUAAGAAAGAUUAUCUGCAUUAAUCUUCAAAUGCUCACAUACUGUAAGAGAUGUGUAUUAUAACAUGAUGUGAUCUAUUACUGUGUUUAUAUGUCUUACAGCUGGGAAGCUGACGUGCUUCUAGAUAUACGAAUGGUUUCUGUCCAAUUACUGUAAUUAGAUAUUAUUAUGGCUGCUCAGACUAUUCAUCUGUGAUGUAUUAGACACUAAGCGUCUCUAAGGGAACAAACUACGCUCACUGUAGCAGAGUAUUAAAAUAACUUUGACAGGAAACAUACAACAGAGGAGAGAUGUUUUAUAUUAUAUAUAUAUAUAUAUAAAUUUAAAGCAACAUUGUGAUUUAGCGCCUCCAGUUUUAGUGUAACACCACUGUGGUAAAUAUGUUCAGCUGUACACGUGUAUUUGUUAUUAUUACAUUACUUAUGAUCGAAAACUAGUCAAUCAAAUCGAACAUUAAGCAGCUCAACAACACCAGACAUAGCAGCCAGCUAAUAUUACUUACUAGUCCAACAGCAAGAAUCCUGCGUGCCCAGCUCCA